AUGCCUGGACCACCUGGUGGAGUAAUGCCGGGUCCAGAUGGAGGACCCCCGCCGGGUCCUGAAGGUGGCCUUAUGCCUGGACCACCUGGUGGGCGAAUACUGGGUCCAGGUGGAGGACCCCCGCCGGGUCCGAAAGGUGGACGUAUGCCUGGACCACCUGGUGGCGUAAUACCGGGCCCAGACGGAGGACCCCCGCCGGGUCUUGAAGGUGGACGUAUGCCUGGACCACCUGGUGGAGUACUGCCUGGGCCAGAUGGAGGACCUGACCCUGGUCCUAAAGGUGGAACUGGGCCGGGAAGGGCAGGUGGGCCACCAGGUCUGAAUGGUGGAAAUGCGCCUGGACCAGCAGGAGGUGGGCUCUCUGGCGAGGACGGCGGAAACUCUAACGGAGGAAGCCAAACAGGGGGAAUAGGUGGAUCCCACAGUGGUGGAAACGGGGCGCCACCUCCUGGCCUUGAUGGGCCUCCGCCGCCCGAACCAGAUGGUCCUCCUCCUGGACCAGAUGGUCCUCCUCCUGGACCACUUGGUCCUCCUCCUGGACCUCUUGGUCCCCCUCCUGGACCAGAUGGUCCUCCUCCUGGACCACUUGGUCCCCCUCCUGGACCAGAUGGUCCUCCUCCUGGACCACUUGGUCCUCCUCCUGGACCACUUGGUCCUCCACCUGGACCAGAUGGUCGUCCUCCUGGACCACUUGGUCGCCCUCCUGGACCAGAUGGUCCUCCUCCUGGACCAGAUGGUCCUCCUCCUGGACCACUUGGUCCUCCACCUGGACCAGAUGGUCCUCCUCCUGGACCAGAUGGUCCUCCUCCUGGACCACUUGGUCCCCCUCCUGGACCAGAUGGUCCUCCUCCUGGACCAGAUGGUCCCCCUCCUGGACCACUUGAUCCUCCUCCUGGACCACUUGGUCCCCCUCCUGGACCAUUCGAUCCUCCUCCUGGAGCACUUGGUCCUCCUCCUGGACCAGAUGGUCCUCCUCCUGGACCAGAUGGUCCUCCACCUGGACCAGAUGGUCCUCCUCCUGGACCACUUGGUCCUCCACCUGGACUAGAUGGUCCUCCUCCUGGACCACUUGGUCCCCCUCCUGGACCAGAUGGUCCUCCUCCUGGACCACUUGGUCCCCCUCCUGGACCAGAUGGUCCUCCUCCUGGACCACUUGGUCCCCCUCCUGGACCAGAUGGUCCUCCGCCUGGACCAGAUGGUCCUCCUCCUGGACCAGAUGGUCCUCCUCCUGGACCACUUGGUCCUCCUCCGGGACCACUAGAUCCUCCUCCUGGACCACUUGGUCCUCCUCCUGGACCACUUGGUCCUCCGCCUGGACCAGAUGGUCCUCCGCCUGGAGAAGAUUGUCCUCCCCCUGGACCAGAUGGUCCUCCGCCUGGAGAAGAUGGUCCUCCCCCUGGACCAGAUGGUCCUCCGCCUGGACCAGAUGGUCCUGCUGCUGGACCAGAUGGUCCUCCGCCUGGACUAGAUGGUCCUCCUCCUGGACUAGAUGGUCCUGCUCCUGGACCAGAUGGUCCUCCGCCUGGACCACUCGGUCCCCCUCCUGGACCAGAUGGUCCCCCUCCUGGACCACCUGGUCCUCCGCCUGGACCAGAUGGUCCUCCUCCUGGACCAGCUGGUCCUGCACCUGGACCACUUGGUCCUCCGCCUGGACUAGAUGGUCCGCCUCCUGGACCAGAUGGUCCUGCUCCUGGACUAGACGGUCCUCCGCCUGGACCACUUGGUCGCCCUCCUGGACCAGAUGGUCCUCCGCCUGGACUAGAUGGUCCUCCUCCUGGACUAGAUGGUCCUGCUCCUGGACCAGAUGGUCCUCCGCCUGGACCACUCGACGGUGAUCCGCCUGGACUAGAUGGUCCUCCGCCUGGACCAGAUGGUCCUCCUGGACCACUUGGUCCUCCUCCGGGACCACUAGGUCCUCCGCCUGUACCAGAUGGUCUUCCUCCUGGACCACUUGGUCCUCCUCCUGGACUAGAAGGUCCUCCUCCUGGGCCAGAUGGUCCUGCUCCUGGACCAGAUGGUCCUCCUCCUGGACCAGAUGGUCCUCCUCCUGGACCAGAUGGUCCUCCUCCAGGGCCAGAUGGUCCUCCGCUUGGGCCACUUGGUCUUCCGCCUGGACUGGAUGGUCCUCCUGGGCUAGAUGGUCCACCUGGACUACUUGUUCCUCCGCCUGGGCCACUUGGUCCUCCGCCUGGCCCAGAUGGUCCUCCUGGACUACUUGGUCCCCCUCCUGGACCAGAUGAUCCUCCUCCUGGGCUAGAUGGUCCUCCUCCUGGACUGGAUGGUCCCCCUCCUGAUCCAGGUCUUCCUGGGGGAGAUGGUCCUCCUCCUGGGCCACUUGGUCGUCCGGCUGGACUAGAUGGUCCCCCGCCUGGACUGGAUGGUCUCCCUCCUGAUCCUGGUCUUCCUGGGGUAGACGUUCCUCCUCCUGGACUAGAUAUUCCUCCGCCUGGACUGGAUGGUCUUCCUCCUGGACUACUUGUUCCUCCGCCUGGACUGGAUGGCCCCCCUCCUGGACUGGAUGGUGGUCCCCCUGAACUGGAUGCGCCUCCUCCUGGAUUAGAUGGUCGUCCUCCUGGACUGGAUGGUCCUCCACCUGGACCAGAUGGCCCCCCUCCUGGACUGGAUGGGCCUUCACUUGGACUAGAUGGUCUUCCCCCUGGACUAGUGGUUCCCCCGCCUGGACUGGAUGAUCCCCCCCCUGAUCCAGGUCGUCCUGGCGUAGAUAUUCCUCCUCCAGGACUAGUUGUUCCUCCGCCUGGACUGGAUGGUGCUCCUGGACUGGAUGGUCUUCCGCCAGGACCACUUGGUCCACCGCCUGGACUAGAUGGUGCUCCUCCUGGGCUGGAUGGUGCUCCUCCUGGUCCAGAUUGUCCUCCUCCUGGACUAGUUGUGCCUCCGCCUGGACUAGAUGGUCUUCCUCCUGGAGUGGAUGGUCGUUCUCCUGGACUGGAUGGUCCUCCUCCAGGGCUGGAUGGGCCUACUCCUGGGCUGGAUGGGCUUCCUCCUGGACUAGUUGUUCCUCCUCCUGGACUAGAUGGUCUUCCUCCUGGACCACUUGGUGCUGCGCCUGGACUCGAUGGUCCCCCUCCAGGACUGGAUGGUCCCCCUCCAGAGUCAGGUCUUCCUGGGGCAGACGUCCCUCCUCCAGAAGUAGUUGUGCCUCCGGCUGGACUAGACGGUCUUCCUCCUGGACCACUUGUUCCUCCUCCAGGACUGGAUGGCCCUCCUCCUGGACUAGAUGGUCCCCCGCUUGGACUGGAUGGUGCUCCUCCUGGACUGGAUGGUGCUCCUCCUGGACUGGAUGGUCCUCCUCCUGGACGAAUUAUUCCUCCGCCUGGACUGGAAGGUCGUCCUCCUGGACUACUUGUUCCUCCGCCUGGACUGGACGGUCCCCCGCCUGGACUAGAUGAUCCUCCUCCUGGAUCAGAUGGUCUUCCUGGGGUAGAUGUUCCUCCUCCAGGACUAGUUGUUCCUCCGCCUGGACUGGAUGGUCGUCCUCCUGGACUGGAUGGUCCUCCACCAGGACUAGUUGUUACUCCGCCUGGACUGGAUGGGGCCCCCCCUGGACUGGAUGGGGCCCCCCCUGGACUGGAUGGGGCCCCCCCUGGACUGGAUGGUCCUCCCCCAGACCCAGGUCCUCCUCCUCCAGGACUAGUUGUUCCUCCGCCUGGACUAGAUGGUCCUCCUGCUGGACUGGUUGGUCCUCCACCUGGACUAGAUGGUCCCCCUCCUGGCCUAGAUGGUGCUCCUCCUGGGCGAGAUGGUCCCCCGCCUGGACGAGAUGGUCCCCCGCCUGGACUAGAUGGUCCUCCUCCUGGACUAGAUGGUCCUCCUCCUGGGCUAGAUGGUCCCCCGCCUGGACUGGAUGCUCCUCCGCCAGGACUAGUUGUUCCUCCGCCUGGACUGGAUGGUCCCCCGCCUGGACUAGAUGGUCCUCCUCCAGACCCAGGUCUUCCUCCUCCAGGACCAGUUAUUCCUCCGCCUGGACUGGAUGGUCUUCCUCCUGGACUGGUUGGUCCUCCGCCUGGACUAGAUGGCCCCCCACCUGGACUAGAUGGUGCUCCUCCUGGACUAGAUGGUCCCCCGCCUGGACUGGAUGGUGCUCCUCCUGGAGUAGAUGGUCCCCCUCCUGGGCGGGAUGGUGCCCCUCCUGGACUGGAUGGGCCUCCGCCUGGACUGGAUGGUCUUCCUCCUGGGCUACUUGCCCCUCCGCCUGGACUGGAGGGUCCUUCUCCUGGACCACUUGGUCGUCCUCCAGGACUAGAUGGUUCGCCACGUACAGGCCUAGAUGGCCCACUUCCUGGACUUGAGGGCCGCCCGCUUGCAGGACCCUGGGGCCUGCCUCCUGGGCUUGAUGGUCUUCCACCUCGUGGACUGGACUGUUGUGCACGCCUCGCACUGUACAAGGGGCCAGUUUCGGAUGCUGUCGUCGCGAAGUUUUCUCUGCGUUGA